AGGGUUCUUUAGGCAAAUGUAAUACACCAAAGCCUGGGACUUUGGACUUUGUUGGAAAGGCAAAAUGGAAUGCAUGGAACGAUUUGAGUGAUUUAUCACAGGGAAUGAGAUGUUACUCGUUGGAAAAGAAACUGACUGCGGUCGAAGCUUGUAACUACGGUUUGGUAACAGAAGUUAUUCCUCAAGCCGAAAUUGAAAAAGAAAUUAACAACAGAAUGAAAUACAUGGCUGCGUUGCCGCCGAAGUCGCUCUCAUUGUCCAAGAAAUUAUGUUGCUCAGUUGAGCUGGAGAAACUUCACGAUGUGAAUAAUAAAGAAUGCGAAGUGCUUGCUCAAAAUGGCUCUCGGAGGAAUGCGCGCAAGCAGUGAUGACUUUUACAACGCAAAUCAAAAAUGUAGUUGAAACAUUAAGUUGAUUCUUGUUUAUGAAAUGUUCGAUGCAUUUUCUUUCUGUGUAUGUUAUUCAGUUUGAUAAAAACCAUUUCCACCAAA